GCUGUCUAGCGUCUGCGCAGUAGGUUGGGGUUUGGUUUGUGUUUACAGCAGCCUGACUUGCUAGCUAGUAAUGUAGCUAGUGCAAUGUUAUGACAACCAUUUCUGGAAUAAAAAAAGUAUACAAGGAACAGGUGAUUUUAAUGAUUUAACCUCAUUCAUGAGCCGCGCUUGGUUUAACAGUCAUGGAUGACAAGGCCUCGGUUGGGAAAAUUAGCGUGUCGUCCGACUCAGUUUCCACCCUCAACAGUGAGGACUUUGUCCUGGUGUCCCGCCAGGGGGACGAAACGCCCUCCACUAAUAACGGUAGCGAUGACGAAAAGACAGGACUGAAGGUAAUUUCUGAGGAAGGUGUCAGCUUUAAGAUCGUGGGGAACGGCAGUGAGCAGCAGUUACAGAGGGAGUUGGAGGAUGUUCUGAUGGACCCGUCUGUGGCCGAGCAGGUGGGCGGAGCAGACCAGGUGGGCGGAGCAGACCAGGUGGGCGGGGAGGACCAUGGAGACGGCCUGGGGUACCCCACGACAGCCGCACCUCUGCAGGUGUGCCCCACGCCCCCCGGCACCCUCCCAAAACUGGAGCUCCCGGUCCAGUCUGCGCAGGACAGCGAGUUCACAUACAGGGAUGACUCGUCGGAGGCCAGCCCCGGCACGCCGGUGCCGGACGAGGACAGCGUGGUGUUCAGCAAGCUGACGUACCUGGGCUGCGCCUCGGUCAACGCCCCCCGCAGCGAGGUGGAGGCGCUGCGCAUGAUCAGCAUCCUGCGCAGCCAGUGCCAGCUGCCCCUCGACGUCACGCUGUCCGUGCCCGGCGUCUCCGAGGGAACCGUCAGGCUCCUGGACCCCCAGACGAGCACCGAGAUCGCCAACUACCCCAUCUACAAGAUCCUGUUCUGCGUCCGCGGCCACGACGGCACGGCCGAGAGCGACUGCCUGGCCUUCACCGAGAGCCACUACAACGCCGAGAUCUUCCGCAUCCACGUCUUCCGCUGCCAGAUCCAGGAAGCGGUCAGCCGGAUACUGUACAGCUUUGCCACGGCCUUCCGCCGGUCAGCAAAUAAGACGCCUCUGUCGGUCCAGCCCCCGCCCCUCACGCCCGACAGCGACGUCUUCACCUUCACCGUCUGUCUGGAAAUCAAGGAGGAUGAUGGGAAGGGCACUUUCAGUGCGGUGUCAAAAGACAAGGAUCGGCAGAGCUUCAAAUUGCGUCCGGGAAUGGACAAAAAGAUUGUGAUCUACGUGCAGCAGACGUCCAACAAGGAGCUGGCCAUCGAGAGGUGCUUCGGCCUGCUGCUGAGCCCGGGUAAAGACGUGAGGAACAGCGACAUGCACCUGCUGGACCUGGAGUCGAUGGGAAAGAGCUCGGACGGGAAGUCCUACAUCAUCACCGGGAGCUGGAAUCCCAACACGCCUCAGUUCCAGGCCGUGAACGAGGAGACGCCCAAAGAUAAGUUCAUGUACAUGACCACGGCGGUGGACCUGGUCAUCACGGAAGUGGAGGAGCCAGUGCGGUUCCUGCUGGAAACGCGGGUUCGAGUCUGUUCCCCCAGCGAGAGGCUCUUCUGGCCCUUCAGCAAGCGCAGCUACACUGAGACCUUCUACCUGAAACUCAAACAGAUGGAGAGGAAGGAUCGGAAGAGCAACACGGACACGCUGUACGAGGUGGUGAGCCUGGAGAGCGAGUCCGAGCGGGAGAAGAGGAAGACCACGGCCAGCCCCAACAUCCCGCAGUCGGCCUCCCACAGCUCCAUGGUGCCCUCGCCCCCCGAGGACGACGAAGAGGAAGACAACGACGAGCCGUUGCUUAGCGGCUCGGGGGAUGUGUCCAAGGAGUGCGCGGAGAAGAUCCUGGAGACCUGGGGUGACCUGCUGUCUAAAUGGCACCUGAACCUGGCCGUGCGGCCAAAGUCGCUCCCCGCCCUGGUCCGCAGUGGAGUCCCAGAGGCCCUCAGGGGAGAGGUGUGGCAGCUUCUGGCCGGUUGCCACAACAACGACCACCAGGUGGAAGAGUAUCGUACCCUCAUCACCAAGGAAUCUCCUCAGGACAGUGCCAUCACCAGAGACAUCAACCGGACAUUCCCGGCACACGACUACUUCAAGGACACAGGCGGCGAUGGGCAGGACUCACUGUACAAGAUCUGCAAGGCGUACUCGGUGUACGAUGAGGAGAUCGGGUACUGCCAGGGCCAGUCCUUCCUCGCCGCCGUGCUGCUGCUGCACAUGCCUGAGGAGCAGGCCUUCAGUGUGCUGGUGAAGAUCAUGUUUGAUUAUGGACUCAGGGAGCUCUUCAAACAGAAUUUUGAGGAUCUGCACUGCAAGUUCUUCCAGCUGGAACGCCUCAUGCAGGAAUACAUUCCAGACCUGUACAAUCACUUCCUCAACAUCAGCCUGGAGGCGCACAUGUACGCCUCUCAGUGGUUCCUCACCCUCUUCACCGCCAAGUUCCCCCUCUACAUGGUCUUCCACAUCAUCGACCUGCUGCUCUGCGAGGGCAUCAGUGUCAUCUUCAACGUGGCUCUGGCCUUGCUGAAGACCUCCAGGGAUGACCUGCUCCAGACCGACUUCGAGGGGGCCCUGAAAUUCUUCCGCGUCCCCGUCCCCAAGCGCUACCGAUCGGAGGAGAACGCCAAGAAGCUGAUGGAGCUGGCCUGCAGCAUGAAGAUAAGCCAGAAGAAGCUGAAGAAGUUUGAGAAGGAGUACCACACCAUGAGGGAGCAGCAGGCUCAGCAGGAGGCCCCCAUCGAGAGAUACGAGAGGGAGAACCGGAGGCUCCAGGAAGCCAACAUGCGGCUGGAGCAGGAAAACGACGACCUGGCCCACGAGCUGGUCAGCAGCAAGAUCGCGCUGCGCAAGGACCUGGACAACGCUGAGGAGAAGGCAGAUGCCCUCAACAAGGAGCUGCUGAUGACCAAGCAGAAGCUGGUGGAGUCGGAGGAUGAGAAGAGGAGACUGGAGGUGGAGUCAGGGCAGCUCAAGGAAAUGUGCCGACGGGAGCUGGACAAGUCCGAGUCGGAGAUCCGGAAGAACGGCUCCAUCAUCGGCGAGUACAAGCAGAUCUGCUCCCAGCUGAGCGAGCGUCUGGAGAAGCAGCAGACGGCCAACAGGGGAGAGCUGGAGAAGAUCCGGCAAAAGGUGGAGGGCUGUGAGAAGUGCAGCGUGCUCUUCAACAAGGAGGGCCGCCUGAAGACCGUGAGCGUGCCCAAGGAGGGCAGUGAGGAGGACACCGACGAGGAGAAGGAGGCGCUGAAGAACCAGCUGAGGGAGAUGGAGCUGGAGCUGGCCCAGACCAAGCUGCAGUUAGUGGAGGCUGAGUGCAAGAUCCAGGACCUGGAGCACCAUCUGGGUCUGGCACUGAACGAAGUCCAAGCGGCCAAGAAGACCUGGUUCAACAGGACGUUAACCUCCAUCAAGACUGUGACGGGCGCCCAGGGCAAAGAGACCACCUAACCUGGGGUCAGGGAACGAGACUGACUCCUCCCCCCUCUCCCCCACGCUGGUCAGAGGUACCGCCCACUCCUGGGACCAGAGUCAAUACUCAGUGGGGUUUUUAAAAAAGAAAAAGAAAAAGGACAAUGUUCAUUGGGUACAACCUUCCCAAACGAAAACAUACUUAAAAUAAAGAGGCUUUAACUUUAGAGGAGUCUUUAUACUACUGAUAUUUAACAGGUAAGGAA